UGCAGGAGUGGCAUCUAUUUAUAGUGACACUACAUGUGCUUCGGGCCCAAGGGUGCACAGCUCUGGUGUGGUUACAAGGAAUAGCGUGUCCUCUCCAGGGGGAUGAUAAGGCUUUAUCACACAUGCCCUGCAACAGGAGCAGAACUUUGACCCUGUGAGAUCUCGUCACAUGUAGAUUUGCCUCUGCUGAUGAUCGUCUUUGUCCAGAGAAAUGUAGUUUGUGUCUUUUUGGCUUUGGGGAGACUCAGAAGAGUGUGAGAGGAGCAACACUGAAAGUGAACGGCUUUCCUAACUUAGGAAAAUGUCGAGCUUUAAUGCUCUCUCUUAUCAGAUUCCUCACUAUGAAGUGGGUCUGGGCUGUGUUCAAAGCUCGCCCGUACAUCAGUAACAUCCUGGGAUACACAGCCCUGUUCGCCUCUGCUGACCUCGUACAGCAGAGCGUGCUGGGUGAGAAACCAGCAACAGGAUCCACAUCAGAGGAUUUAGUAGGAGUCGACUGGCAUCAGACGGCUCGAGUGGCGACCGUCGGUUUUUGUUUCCACGCCAACUUCAACUAUCACUGGCUCAGAGGGCUGGAGAAGAUGCUGCCAGGAGGCGGAGUAAAGGCAGUAACUGGGAAGGUGGUGGUGGACCAGCUGAUUGCGGCUCCUCUCACCAUCAGUGCCUUUUACAUUGGUUUGAGUUUACUUGAACACAAAGAUGACCCACUUGAAGACUGGAGGCAGAAAUUUUGGACAUCUUACAAGACUGGGGUAGUAUUUUGGUCAACAAUGCAGGCAGUGAACUUUGCAUUCGUCCCCCCUGUGGCUCGGACGGUGUUUCUGGGUGGUGUCGCCCUGGUUUUCACAAUCUUCCUGUGUCACCUCAGACAGCAGCGACACCAUGAACAGGAAAGAACCUGAGACUCUCCUCGUCACAUCGAAGGCUUUAGUAAACUAACUAAAAACACAAUUCCAAAAAAGCUGGGACACUGUGAGUAAAAUCUGAAUGCAGUGAUUUAUAUACAUCAGAAACCCAUAAACCCCAGCAGCUGGUCUGUUCCCAGAUGUUUACAGGCUGCUGUUAAACAAAGACGCGAUGCUACAUUGUAGUAAAUAUGGACUUAUCCCAACUUUUUUGAGAUGUGUUUCUGCCAUCAGAUUCAAAAUGAGCUAAUAUUUUUCUUUAAACGUCACAUGAUACAUUGUCUCAGUUCUUGACAUGUUUUGUUCUAUUGUGAAUAAAAGGUUAAGAGGAUCUGGUGAAAUCAUUUGAUUUAAACAGACUAAGAGUAUACUGCAACCAAAUGCGAGGAAAAAAAUAAAAUAAUAGCUAAAUAAUAAUAAUAAUAGCUAAAGCUACACUUUAGCUAGCAAUGGCUCAGGGUCACUGUAGCCAUUAAUUUUACCUGAAUCCUUUGCAAAAAAUCUUUAUAGAUUUUGCAUCAUGGUACUGAUCCAGAGUACGUCCCUUAUUAUUUAUUCCUACUGCUAUAACAAUAAAGUAAUUA